AAUUUAUCCUCAUCCAACCUGAAGGCUUUUUCAUACUCCUUUUUAUAGGAUGGAUUCAGAUGCAUGAACAUGUAACACUGUCCCUCUGUUGUCCUUUAAGUGUUGCACUUUAUGUGGAGAUGCAAAGACUGCGAUAGUGUGUUUUCCAGAAGAUCUGAGUUGCUCAAGCACUACAAACUAAAUCACAAGCAUUACGGACAGGGCCAUUCAUAUCCUUGUACUUAUUUAAGUUGUGCAUGUAGAUUCAAGACCUGGAAUGCUUUGCUGAGCCAUUUAUCAAGAAAUCAUCCUGUCCAACAAACGGUUACCAAAGACUUGACACGAUUCAAAUGCCCCUCUUGUGAUUGUAGUCAACUUUUCACUGAGAGAGAUUUUUUUCAACAUAUAUUUCAACAUCUCAAGAAUAAGGAAACUGUCACAUGUGUGUUCCAGGACUGUGCUUAUAAAACAAAUAUUUAUGAAAACUUCAAAAGUCACAAAUACAGGAAACAUUCUGACACCUGCAAUAUCUUUAAGCCUGGGAUUACUGAAAAACAACAAUUAGACUCUGGUGUACAAUUGUGUGCUGGCGGUGGUACUGAUAUUUUUGACCAGGAAAGUAUUGGAGAGGCUAAUCUAGAUCCCUCCUUUAACAAAAGUGAUUCUGAAAACUUAGAAAAAGAUAUUGAACUUAAACUUGCGUCAGUUCUUCUUAGGUUAGAAAGCAGUUUUCUUGUGUCAAAUGCAGCUAUAAAUGAGCUAUUACAGGAGUUAAACUAUUUAAUUGGUUCUUUGUCCCUGCCAAUUACAUACAGAACUAUAACUCAAAUAUUACAUGAUCAUCUUGGCAAUUUAGACCAGUCACUUGUUGAAAAACUUGCCAAGACCCUCUGUGAAACAAACCCUGUAAAAAAAGCAAUAGAAGAUAGAGGCUCACUUUCUACUGCUUGGAGACGAAAAGCUUUUUACAAAAGACAUUUUAAAGUGGUAGAACCUGAAGAAUAUAUACUUGAUAAAAAAAAACAAGAAGUCAUUUCAGUACAUAUCAAUCCUAAAGUCCUUGCAGCAAAUUCUUGAUUGUCAGGGUAUCUUGGACCAGACUGAGCAUCUAAAUUCUGUUGAGAAUCUACAAAGAUUUAGUGUUCAUACAUAUAGGUCUUUCUUUGAUGGGUCACUUUUUAUUGAAAAUAAGCAUUUGUCUGAGGGGAUUUCAAUAAUACUGUAUAUUGAUGACUUUGAAAUAUGUAACCCUCUUGGUACAUCUAAAAAAAAGCACAAAAUUUGUGGCUUAUACUGGAUUCUGGGUAAUUUGCCACCAGGGUGCAACUCUGCCUUGUCCUCCAUUUACUUGGCUGCUUUAAUCAAAACCAAUGAUUUGAAGUUCUAUGGUUAUGAGACUGUUUUAGAACCUUUACUAAAAGAACUUGUCAUUUUGAAACAAGAAGGGGUCUUUGUUUCAAAGUUGGGAAGAGCUGUAAAAGGCACAGUUCAGUUUGUGGUUGCAGACAACCUUGCUGCCCACAGUAUUGGUGGCUUUGUAGAAAACUUCACAGGGUCAUACAUAUGUAGGUUUUGUCUUGCAACUAAAACAGAAAUUCAAACUGCAGAGGUUAAAAGUGGUGCAUUUACCCUGAGAACCAAAAACAUUCACACAGAACACCUAAACGUUCUUAAGGAAAGUAAAUUGCCUAAUUAUCAGGGUGUGAAAUCUUCUUCUGUUUUAUCACGUUUGUCUUAUUUUGACAUCACCACAAGUCUUCCCCCAGACAUUGUACAUGAUCUUUUUGAAGGAGUGGUUCCUUUUGAACUUGCUUUGUGUCUGGGUGUAUUGAUUAAGAAAACAUAUUUCACAUUGGUAACACUGAAUGACACAAUAUCAUCUUUCAAAUUUAAGGGAACUGACAAAACCAAUCGACCUCAUCCCAUUGCUCUCAAUUUUGAAUCCAAAAAAAGUGUUGGGGGUAAUGCACAUGAGAACUGGACUUUGAUCAGAUUUUUACCUUUGAUGAUUGGACACAGAGUGCCACUUGAUGAGCCAGCAUGGCAGAUCUUAACAGACCUUAAGGACAUUGUUGAGCUGGUUGUCUGUCCUGUUCAUACAGAGGAUUCUAUUGCCUAUCUUGACUUUAAGAUCUCAGAGCACAGAACACGAUUUCAAGAGGUUUUUCCUCAUUGUGACCUUAAACCAAAACACCAUUUCUUGGAACAUUACCCGCACUGCAUUCGCCAAUGUGGUCCUUUGGUAGCUUUAUGGUCCAUGCGCUUUGAAGCUAAGCAUAGUUUUUUUUAAAAGAGUUGCAAGAAAUGUCAAGUGCUUUAAAAAUGUGCUCAGUUCCCUCGCAGAAAAACACCAGUAUCUGAUGGCACAGCAUUUGCAUGUAUGUGGUUUUCCUAAGUCUCCUUUGGAAGUUACAAAUGUUUCCACAGUAACUGCUGAUGUUCUUGACAAGGGAAUUGUAAAUGUUCUCAAACAGAAGUCUCCACAUCUGGCCACAGUAUGCCUGACUAAAAGUGCAUUAUAUAAUGGACUAAACUACAGAUGUGGGAUGAUCUUGGUCCAUGGCUCAUUGGGAGGAUUACCAACGUUCAAUGAAAUCAUCCAAAUGGUGAUCUUGGA